CUCUCAGCUCCUAUAUAAAGCGCAUAGAACACUCCAAGUUCUAACUCACCCACCUCUCUCUCUCUCUCUCUCUCAGCAACAGAAGAGAAGAAAGGAUAUAUACAAAAGAUAUAUAAGGAGAAAGGCUACGAAGUAGUAGAGAGGAGAGGAGACUGUUGUAAGCAAGGUUUAAACAUGGAAGAGAACUGGUUUUGGCAGCCUGUUUUAGUGUUCCUGGUGUUGGUGUUGGUUUUGAAGAUCAUGGGUCUGCUUUGGUGGAGACCCAGAAGAAUUGAAGAGCAUUUCUCAAAGCAAGGAAUCAAAGGACCCCAUUAUCGUUUCUUCGUUGGAAACGUUAAGGAGCUUGUGGAGUUGAUGUUGAAGGCCUCAUCUCAGCCCAUGCCUCUCUCACACAAUAUACUCCCUAGAGUUCUCUCCUUCUACCACCAUUGGAAGAAAAUCUAUGGUGCGACCUUCCUUGUAUGGUUCGGUCCUACACCUCGUCUCACAGUCACUGAUCCAGACCUCAUUCGAGAAAUCUUCGCCCAGAGAUCAGAAUUCUACGAGAAGAACGAUUCCCACCCACUCGUCAGACAGCUCGAAGGUGAAGGACUAUUAACUCUGAAAGGCCAGAAAUGGGCUCACCACAGAAAGAUCAUCUCACCAACCUUCCACAUGGAGAACCUCAAACUCUUGAUACCGGUGAUGGGAAAGAGUGUGGUGGAGAUGUCGGAGAAGUGGUCAGAAAUGUCGAAUUCCGGCGAAGUGGAGAUCGAAGUUUCCGAUUGGUUCCAGACCUUGACCGAAGACGUCAUCACCCGAACGGCCUUCGGUAUAAGCUACGAAGACGGUAAGGCGAUUUUCCAGCUACAAGCCCAGCAAAUGCUUUAUGCCGCCGAGGCAUUCCAGAAGGUUUUCAUCCCGGGAUACAGAUUCCUGCCCACGAAGAAGAACCGGAGUUCUUGGAAGCUGGACAAAGAAAUAAAGAAAUCUCUGAUGAAGCUCAUUGAACGCAGAAAAGAGAACUCUUGCAACGAAACGCCGGAUGGAGGCAGCAGCCCAAAAGACCUACUGGGGCUAAUGAUCAAAGCAAGUGAAAACGAAACCACUCGAACAAUGUCCGGUUCUUCUUCUUCUUCUAAUUCUCCGUCGUCGACGAUCACCGUCGGCGACAUUGUUGAAGAGUGCAAGAGCUUCUUCUUCGCCGGCAAGCAAACGACGUCGAAUUUGCUGACGUGGACAACUGUUCUGCUAGCAAUGCAUCCAGAGUGGCAAGAGCUGGGGCGUCAAGAGGUCCUGAGGGUGUGUGGGCCACACGACAUCCCGACCAAAGACGACGUCGCUAAGCUCAGGAAGCUGAGCAUGAUACUGAAUGAAUCGCUGCGGUUGUAUCCACCUGCGAUCGCUACGAUAAGGCGGGCCAAGGCUGACGUGGAGCUCGGGGGAUAUAAGAUCCCACGUGGUACGGAGCUGUUGAUUCCGAUCAUAGCCGUUCAUCACGAUCAGGGGCUGUGGGGCAAUGACGCAAACGAGUUCAACCCCGCCAGAUUCUCCGAUGGUGUGGCCCGCGCAGCGAAGCAUCCAAUGGCAUUCAUACCGUUUGGGGUUGGGGCCCGCACAUGCAUUGGGCAGAAUCUGGCGAUCUUACAGGCGAAGCUGGCGAUGGCGAUCAUAUUGCAAAGAUUCUCCUUCCGACUUGCACCGAGCUAUCAGCAUGCGCCAACGGUGCUGAUGCUCCUCUACCCACAGUACGGAGCUCCGAUCAUCUUUCGCCGUUUAUCGAGCCCCACCGCCUCCACGGAUCAGGGGUCCUGACUCCUUAAUUUCGAGCCACUGCAUCUGCGACACAGCAGAUCCUUUCCCUUUAGUCCUUUACCUUUGCAAGUACAUCUUAUGUUUCCGGUAACUAAAAAAAAAAUAGGUGCUCGGAAUAGAAUCAUGUGUACUUUGCCAAAAAGACCACUUUACCCCCGAAUAUUCCUAUUGUGAUACAAGCGGCGCCUCCGUAAUAUAAGCACUAACCUCUCCCUCAGUCCCUCUCCACUGCCUCCAUUAGUUAUAAAUCUUUCCAUCUGUGUAAAGUAUACACCCUAUACAAAUUUUGUAAUUUUACAUAUAAAUGAAUAUUACAUG